AGUGAAUAGACUAAGCCUGCAGCUACAGUUAGCCAAUGAAACUUGGGCAAGAGUUUAGCACAGCCCACACCAUUUGAAUGCAUUGUGCAAAGUUUGACUAGCAAAGCAAAAAUAAAGGCUAAAAGCAAAAGAGGGGAACAACCCACCACAUCCUGCUUACAAAAGAGAGGCACAAGACUAAAGAGAUGACUCCCUUAAAUCGUCAAAGACCAUAACAAUAACAGAUGAUUACAUUAAAAAGGGCAAAAGAACUACCCAAAUCACAAAGACCCAAGAAGAACUGCCAAUUUGCCUUGCAUAAAAACCUGCAUCCAUGUCAAAGUCUUUGUAGCUGUUAGCAUUGCAGAUACUAGAUUUGUAAUCUAGCUUUGAAACAACACUUUACUUUAGGUGGUUCUCAUAAAUAUAACUUGGUUUGUUUCCUGGGUCCCCUACUGAGAAUAAAUUUCUCUUCCAGUACAAACCAUAAAGUGGAAAAAGGUUGGCAAAGUGGUCACAGGAUUUAGGGCGGGCCUUUCUUUUGAAAAAAAAAAAAGAUAAAGAAAAUGGCACAAAACCAGUAAGAAACUCACGUUCCUAUUUAACAGCCUAACUGUCCUCUAACUGCUAGAACCCUCCAUUAUCAUCAAAUUCAGUUUUUCUGAUUUUCCUCUUCUCUGCACCUUCUAAACCUUAACAAAUCAAAUAGUUCUCGUCCCAGAAACUGAUUUCAGGAAUUUCUUCAGGUGUUUAAUGAUGAAGUGGGGAGGAAAGAAAUCUUCUUCAUCCUCAAACUCCUCUCGCCUUCCUUCACUUUCUCGUGUACUCCCCACUGCAUGGCUUUCCACAUUCAAGCGAAUGAGCAUCAAUUCUGAACCAAAACCUGCCAAAGAGAAGCAGAAAGGGAUGAGGAAUGCUGUGCCAGGGUGUUCAUCAAAGUUUGCUGGUGGUGGAGCAAGAUUCUAUGGUGGGGAUGGUGGCUUUUGGAGACUGUCAUUUGGAGAAGAUAGUGCUGAUGGCAAGACUAGUAAAAGUGUAUCGCGAUCAGCUUGGUAUGACUCAGAUGAUGAGCUUCAUUUUGCACCCUCAAGUUGUCGGAGCUGUGGAUCAAGUGCAACGAGGAUAAAGGAAAAGGAAGAAACUAAGAAGUUCAGCAACAUGGCUUGCGAUGUAAAGAAGAUGAAAGAAUUUCGUAGGGAUACACAGGUUUUACCAGAUGUGAAUAUGUAUAAAGGAGAAAAGGCGACAGUAGUUGAGACACCAAGUAGCAGGACAAUAACCGGGAAAGACUUGAAGCUGAAGAAGACAAAUGAAAGAGCUAUGGAAGAAAAAAGGGUGAAAAGACAAAACAAAUCAGGUGAAGCACAGCAGGAAUCAGCAAAAUCAGUAGAAAAGAACACCUUGGAUUCCGAACCUAUGAGAACAAUUCCAAUGACUGAAAGGGAGAAUCUGAAGUUAACAGGUGAUUAUCAGAGAAGACAUCAACAUCUAUCUACCAUGAAUCUAAGAAACUCCAAUUUAACAACAAUUAAAGAAGACUGUGCAUUUACAGCUCAGAAAUUACUGGAAACUGAUGUAUUUUCUCCAGAAAAGUUGAGUUCUGAGAGGGGGAAAUGGCAAGAAAUGAAAAUUGAAAAGGUGAAAGUGAAGAGUGACAAACAGAGGAAAUCUCUUUACAUGAGUAGAGAAUUACCAAGGAGAAGAAUGAAGCAAAACAACAAAGUCCGGGUUUUUUCUCCAAGAACGGCUUCCAGAGUUGAAAUCUGCAAAAUAAAAGCUCUUGAAGACAUGAAGAAGGCCAAAUUGAAGAUGAAGGCAGAAAAACAGAAGACAAUUAGCGGAAGAACUGGAUUAGAGAACUUCGCCAUGGUGAAAUGCUCAUUUGAUCCAGAGAAGGAUUUUAGAGAUUCAAUGGUCGAGAUGAUCAUGGAGAAAAGGAUCAGUCAACCAGAAGAACUAGAAGAACUCUUGGCUUGUUAUCUGACAUUGAAUUCGGAUGCAUACCAUGAUCUCAUCAUCAAAGUAUUUCAGCAGGUAUGGCUCGACCUGGAUCAGGCCAGUUCUGACACUGACUUACGGAAUGAAAAAUGUUCCUGUGAGUAAUAACUUUCUAACUGGUGACUGUAAAUGGCUCUCUAGUUUCUACAGAUACACUCAUAACAUCAUGCUUCUAAUAUAAUCAAGUUACAGUGUUAGCUUUAAAUUCAUAGUGCAACAGUCAAUUAGUUGUUUUUAAAUUUAAUUUUUUGCUAGAAGCAACUUGACACAUAAGCACGCAA